AUGAUGAUUGAGCCAGUUAAUGACCAUUCCUCCCCCUCUGAUGAAGAAUUCGAACUAAUGUCUGGGGCUGCAGUUGGAUCAAGGCAGUGUUUCUGCUCAGAAGGAGGAGGGGGUGAGUCUGGGAGGGAGGGAGGUGGGGGAGGCACUGGGGGGGGAGGAGCUCUCAGAGAUGACCAGCCUGGUGGGUGGUGGCCCAGGUGGAGCUGGAGCACUGGGGUGGAGUUUGGAGGCUGGGAGGAGUUUGGGGGAAGAGGGGAUCAUUGCAUUGGAGAAGGCUUUCCACGUGAUGGAGGGGAAAGGGCUCAGCCAUCCUGGGGGCCUCAAGGGUUGGACCGGGUGGUGUCCUUGGGACUAGUAGGAUCAGAGUGGGCUGGUGGGAAACAGGAAGUCUUUGAGCUGAGACUGCUCUGCCUUCCCUGGAGCUCAGAUUCUCUCCUUUUUCCUUUUGACCUGAGUUCUCUCUGCCUUCCCUGGGACCUAAGAUCGCUCUGCCUUCCAGAAGCCCACUCUGUGCAUGCAGAUCCCAGGGAGCCUGGAUUGAGAGAGAAUGGCUCCUGGGAGCAGCCGAGCCCCAGCCCAGCUUGGGAAGAAAAGUACCCCUGCUUUGACCAAAUCCGCCCAUGAGUUCACAGAGAUGGAGACCUGGUCGUUAGUGGAUUUUUCCCCCUAUUCUUGAUGGCAGUGAAGAAUUUUACAGGAGCUGAGCAUCCACACAAGGCCUGUAAUCCACACCAGUGAUUACACAAAAAUUACCAGCAGGUCCUGGCUUUGAUGUUUGCUGUGGAGGAGAUCAACAGAGACCCCCGGCUGCUUCCUAACACUACCCUGGGAUUUCACAUCUACAACACCUACCAAAGUGAUGCCAGGACCUUGGAGAGCUCCCUGAGGUGGCUUUCAGGACAGGACCCCAGGACCCCAAAUUAUCGUUGUCAGAGGCAGGACAAAUCAAUGGCUGUUAUUGGAGGAGCCACAUCCGCUCUUUCUGUCCAGAUGGGGACCCUUCUGGAGCUCUACAGGAUGCCACAGUUAAGCUAUGGCCCAUUUGAUCCUGCCCUGAGUGACAAGGCCCAGUUUCCUUCCCUGUACCAGAUGGCCCCUCAGGACUCCCCCCUGCACCUGGGCAUUGUCCAGCUGUUGUUUCAUUUUGGCUGGAUGUGGGUGGGGCUAAUUGUCACAGAUGACAUGAGAGGUGAGAAGUUCCUCUGGGACAAGAGAGAAGAGAUGAGAAGAAACAAAUCCUGUGUUGCCUUCACAGAGAAGAUCCCUGUCAGUGAGAGAUGUCAUGCUGAAUCCAUGGAGUAUUUUAUGCCCAGAAUUACGGCAUCAUCAGCCACGGAUCAUGGUGAUACAGACUCACCGAUGAUCCUGAGAUAUUCUCAGCCACCUUUAUUUGGAAUUUGGAAAGUUUGGAUUAUCACAUCACACUGGGAUGUCACCAUGAGACCCUACAGUCAUUUUAGUUAUCCUUUUUAUGGGUCACUCAUAUUUUUACAUCAGAUAAGUGAGAUUCCUGGUUUCAAAGCAUUUCUCAGGACGGUCACCCCAACCAAAUACCCAGGAGACAUUUUCCUUAAGAGUUUCUGGGUCUCAGCAUUUGAGUGCCCAGAUGAGCCAACCAAACUGGAGCGAGAGGACUGCUCACUGAAUGCUUCCUUGGAGAUGCUGCCUUUGCACUAUUUUGACAUGACCCUGUCUAGCCUCAGUUAUUUCCUCUACAAUGCUGUGUAUGCUGUGACCUGGGCUCUUCAUGAAAUGCUACAUGCAAGAUCAGAAAUGGGAUCUGUGAGAGAUGAAGGGUACCUGGUGCCUCAGCCAUGGCAGCUUCACUCAUCUCUGAGGAAUAUUUCCUUUAACAACACUGCUGGGGACCAGGUGGUUUUGGGUGAGGAAAAGAAUCCUGUGGCUAAAUAUGAUAUCAUGAACUUUGGGACACUGUCUAAUGAUGAUGAAGUUCUUGUGAAAGUGGGAAAGUUUGUCCCUCAGUCUCUACUUGGGCAAGAUUUCAGCAUUUGUGAGAAGAAGCUGUAUCAGAAGAGGGUUGAUUUGAAGACCCUCCAGGCUGUGUGCACUGAGAACUGUGGAUCUGGAUUUAGGAAAAUUGCCCAGGAGGGACAGCCUGUCUGCUGCUUUGACUGUGCCCAGUGCCCAGAGGGAGAGAUUUCCAACCCAAACG